CCGUCCCUUGUGCGCAUGCGCCGGACGGAGAUUGGUCGGUCGGUCGGUCUGUCUGUCGGGGAAUGGCUAAUUUCUCUUAAAGAGGAACAUAGUGUGGGGUUUAUUCCAAACGUGUGAGUGAUGUUGAAGGAUUUUGUUCUUGUUGAGCUCCUGUAGUUGCCACAGCGAGAAGCGCCGGCUCAGCUAUCAGAUUGCACCACUUUCCAUUUUACCUGAUUUAGAGAUGAGUUCCUCUGCGAAAACAUUGAAAUCUGUGGAUUAUGAGAUCUUCGGGGAAGUGCAGGGCGUAUUUUUUCGAAAGUAUACUGAGGAACAGGCCAGAAAGCUAGGCCUGGUUGGCUGGGUAAAGAACACAGCGGGAGGUACAGUGACUGGACAAGUGCAAGGAUCAGUUGAAAAUGUCAACUUUAUGAUGAACUGGCUGAAAUCUGUGGGGAGCCCAAUGUCUCGGAUUGACAAAGCCCAUUUCACAAAUGAGAGAGAGAUCUCCAAACUGGAUUUUAAUAAUUUCUCAACCAGAUAUUAAGAUGUUGCAACAACUGGUGUUUGCUGGAACUUUGCUAAUAUCACCUUUAAUGCCAUACAGCUUGGAGAGAGAGAAAGAAGGGACAUUUGUUGAAUGUAAGGGUUUGGAGAGUAAGGGGUGUAAGUUGCUUUCUAUUGAUAACCUACUUGGUUGAUUUUGUUGUUUUCCCCCAAUAAAUUCUGAGCCUUUCCUGUCUUUUGGGUCUGGCAAUCAACCUCCAUGCAUUUCUUUUGUCUAAAAAAAUUUUAUGCUGACGACAUAUUCUGCUCCACCAAAGUUCUUAAGCUUUCAAUUCGUUCACCAGAUGCUAUAAGGAAUUUUGUUGAGCAGAGGUGCAGUGCUCCCUUUCCCUUCAAUGAAAGUUAGAGACAAAUCACUCUGUCUCUCCAUCCUUCAUAAGACUUGUUUAUUUAAUUGUGGCUGCAUGUAGUCCAAGUAUUGGGAGUGUACAGCUCUAACUACCUCUUCACUUCAAUUUUAUGUUUUUUAAAGCAGAGAUCAGUCACCAGUCAUCUGCUGGUCACUUGUCUCUGAGGUUAUUCUGGUGCCUGGUGUAAUGUAUGUCACUUCAGCUGUCAGGACAAGAUAGGUGGCCGAUUUGUAUCAUGAAUGCUGCUGGAGAGCUGAGUCUUGCAUGCUAGAAUCAACAGCACCAAAAUAACAUAAUGGUCCUUUAAUAACUACUUAAAGCAACAUCACUGUUAGUAAUCUUUAAAGAUUAGAACUUACCUGCUUUAUAUUUUUGUUGAAAGUUCUCACAUUUGGUGUAAACUGCCUUUAUUAAAUAGAAUUGUAAAUGUAA